ACUUAGUGACGUCAUUGGGUUCCCCACCCCCACUUUACAGUCGUGCUUGAUUGCGCAUGCCUGUUUUGACACUACUGAAGUGAGCAGGAUCCGACGCAUACAGGGAAGACUAAACCCCUCAUCAACCUGGGACAUUUCAUAUUCAAGUUGUUGUGAGAUGAUGCACCAAAGAAACAAACAGCCAUGUGAAAAGAACAAUGAGCUAUGUGAAAUGCCUACUUUGCAAAGAAAACCCGAAUUUUGCCUGCCAAAUUGGAUCCACUCCCAUGGAAGAGAGGGGCAGCCUACAUGGACAUUCAAGUGUCCAAAUGCCUGUGAUUAGAUAUGACUGAACCAGUUCACCCUGCUCUCAAAGGCUGGUUUGAGUCAGGACAGUCGGGCGUCUGGACUGGACAACAGCCCUCCUACAUUGGGUGUGCAAUGGGUGUGUGGGCAUUGAGUCCAUUCUGCUACAGUGCCCCUCGUGGAUGAGAGUGUCUGAAGAGCCUUCUCCUGUCUACUUUAGCACUGCCAUCUCUGUUCUCUGUCCUCAACAAUGGAGGGGGUAGCUGUGGAAAACCUCAUAGACUUUGAUAUCCCUUCAUGUUCAGACGAUACAGCUCCCUCAUUUGCAAGUCCUCCUAGUGGGGCGCUGCUCCAUACAGACAUUUUCUCCUCUGAGCUGCUGUUCCAAGAGCCUGCCUCCAUUGUUCUCCUGGAGCCACGGUUGCCUGAUCCCCUGGCCCCCAUGCCCGGCUCCCACCACCAUUGUGGGGGAGAGGACAGGGACAGUGAUGCCACAGAGUCGGCAGACAGUGAGAAUGACAUGGAACCACACUCCCAGCAGUGGAACUCACGGCACUCAUCCUCCUCGUCCAAUCACAGCGCAGAGCUUGGGGUAGAGGCAGUGGAGAAUCAGGAGUUCAUGAAAGCUUACGUGGAGAUGGUGUUUCAUGGAAAGGAGGACUUUGACCAGGAGGAGAAGGCUCGCUUUGGGGAGCUGUGCAGUGGAGAAAAUGGCAAGGGUAGGGAGUGGUUUGCCAGAUACGUCAGUGCACAGCGCUGCAACUCCAAGUGUGUGAGUGAAGCAACAUUCUACAGGCUGGUGCAGUCUUUUGCAGUUGUUCUUUUCGAGUGCUAUCAGAUGGAUGACUACAGUCCAGCUAAAAACCUCAUGACCAUGUGUUUCACUUACUACCACACUGGUAAGUCCCAGCCAUCCCCCACUGAGCUGCUGCAGCAGCCGCCUGUAGCCAUGGACUCCUACCUGAAUAAGGCCAACUCCUGGCUGUCUGGCAAGAAGGACGCAGCCGAGCGGCUCCUGAAGAACUCCUCUGCUGCCAAAACGGAAGUCAAAUGCUUCUUUGGAGGCCUGGAGAGCAAGCUGAGAGCGUCCGCUCGAAAGAAUGAGGAGGCAGAGAGUCCAGUCAAGGUAAAGCCCAAAUCACCAGUGUCCUCUGUGCCUCCAGAGAAGAAGAAAGUAGAGAACGAGAAGGUGUACCUGUACACACACCUGAAACAGCAACCCAUCUGGCAUACGUUGAGGUUUUGGAACGCCGCGUUCUUUGAUGCGGUCCACUGUGAGAGGAAGAAGAGGUCACCUACCACCAGGGGGACGGAUGAGGAAGAGAAAGACGAGAGAGAGAAGUGGUGUCAUAUGACCCAGGAAGAGAAAGAUGACAGCUCUAAAGUCGACGAGAAUAUUGCCUUUGGCCAACUGGGGACAUUCACUCACAACAUGCUGGCUUUUGGGCUCAGUAAGAAACUCUGCAAUGACUUCCUGAAGAAGCAAGCAGUUAUUGGGAACCUAAAUGAAGAGCAGUACAAGCUGUUGAGCGACCACAUUGAGCAGAUGGCCACGGAGUGAGUGGCAAAGAAUGCUACUUCAAUGACUACUUGGUGCUCUAUCAAUAGUAAUUAGCUGAAGCUAAACUCCUCCUCACUCUCCAAUGUUGUGAAGGCUCACCAAUAACUGUAUUCAAUCAAUAUCCAGUACAGUAAACUCCAAUCACCUAUUUUAGUAAAGCCUCCAUAACCUGCAACAAUAAAUAACACAAAACCUUUUAUUACAGUCAUAGUAAACAUGAAGCUGCGUAGUCAAUAUUCCAGCUUCACCAACCAACAUACUGUAACCUACCCUCUCCUGGGCACUGUCAACAAGGUCAUUCACCCUAUCACUACUAUUUAUUUUAUACUGUCACUAAUGAGUACCUUCCUCGGGUCCUUAUUUUACUGUGUAGUUGGACAAUUUCAGCCAUAUCAGCAUCCAUUAACCCAUUUUAUAUAAUCAGCUCCAUGUAACCGGCCCAGGCUGUCUAUAGCCUUUUUCAUGUCCCCUGCGUGACUACAGUAUACAUAUUAUAUCCUACAAUUAGUAUUAUUUAUAUUGUUUGCAAUAGUGACCUUCUAUGAUUUCCUCUCUGCCCAAUGUCGAAGUGCCUUGAAUGUACCCGUGGGGAACUGUCCUUUCUGUUUCAAUGGUAAUCAAUGCAAGUCUCAAUUGUAACAAUCUGUAAAACCACCUGAUACAAUAUCCUCCUGUUCAUGAUUCUACCAUCUAUAUACUGUGUCAGCAUAUUUCCAAUAAGGUCCCAUUCUCAUGCUCCGUGUCCUCUGUGUUUAGUGAUUGUCAUGGUGUUAGAUCACGGCUAGUGAAAGUGCAGUGUGUCAUGGUGAGAGGCUGCAGCAUGACUUCCAGCAGCAGUCCCAUACCUUCUGUUUCAUUCCUAGAGUAGCUGUGACCUGAGGUGUCUGUGCUAUAUGCAUGGCAUGCAUCCUUGCCCUUUUAUAAGUGAGAAACGAGCAUUGUGCAAGUUGGGCAUCGUGCAGCAAGGGCGUCAAUGUCUUGUUUGCAUUAUUUAAGCCCACCAGAGGGAAGCCUGGUGACUUGUUCAGAGCACUUAAUUUAUCAAUGGAGUUAAAAGUUUCAAAACUACUGUGUGGAUCCAGCUUUUGAGGGAGAAUAUAUCAUUAUUGACAUCUCGGAGCAUUGACAUUUGAGCUAUGUGAAUAGGAAUUAGGAUUAUUGUACGUUUUUCUCAAUGCUGGAUUGAAGUACUGGCAAGUUUUUAUAUAUAUAUAUAUAUAUAUAUAUAUAUAUAUAUAUAUAUAUAUAUAUAAUUUUGUAUUAAUCUAUUGUCUAUAUCACUUGAUUUUGUAUUUAUAUUGUAUUUUUUUCACCUAUGUUUUAUUAUGUUCAAAGACUUGUUUAUCACUGGUUUUGUGUCAUAUCUGUUGGUGAAUGACUAUGUAACUGAUUAUGUUCAUUGUGUUUUGAUGUCUGUCUCAAUGGCAACUAAAGCUUUCCCCUUAUUAAGACCCUGAAGUGCCGUCAUAAUUCCUCCCUUAGGAGUGGUCCAUUCAAGUGCUAAACCAAACUAUAUGUGUGCUAUGUGUAAAAUGUUUAGUAUAAACUACUGGGUAAUUCCUCCAGUGUGUUAGUUACGAUGUGUAGUUGCGUGUGAUGCCUUGUAGUUGAAGUUCUAUGUCUUGUCUUGGAGACGUCUUGUCUUGCUCUCUCUCUCUCUCUCUCUUCUUGUGGGCUGUUUAGCAGAGGACCAGCUUCUUGCCACAAAGUGUCACUUGUGUUCUGCUCUGUCUCUGUUAUUUCCCUUGGAUUGCAAUGCUGCUCCCUGCUUCAUGUCUGGAUCUGACAUUCUGUUCAGCAAUCAGACAUAUUGUGCAUCUGCAUGUGAUGACCUCUAUUUCCAUACUGCUGAAUGACUUGCCUCUUUUUUUGUUUUGUGGCUGUGUGCAGUUUUAGUUUAGCACCAAGCCCUCCUGGGUGUUUGUAUUGCUGUGUGCACUCUGGCCUUUCAGUAUUGUUGAAAUGCAGACCAGCCCUCUAAUACUUGGAAUGCUUCGCCUGCUUUUCAUGUUGCAUGUCAAAUGCACGGAUGGUCCAUCACUGCUCUUUAAGACAUCUCUCAUGAAAAGUGUUGUACAUUGUUUGUCUGGGCAGUGGUGGUCUGAUUUGACCAGUUGUAACUAGCACCUGAUACCUAGUCAUGGACAAGCCUUGUGUCUUUGGAGGUGAAACAAACUUUGGCAUAGGAGAACAUAGCCAACCCUUCUUUUUAAUGAGCGGGGAAAGAGUCUCUUACAGGUAGCUGUAAUGUCCUCCCACUUCUGUUCUGCAAUGGUGGCUGAGUUUGCAUGGAUGUGUAAUUAUGAUAGAACAAGUAGCUGAUGCUGUAAUAAAUAUAUUUUUGAAUGUG